ACUCAAAAAGCGCUCAAUUUUUUUCUUUUCAAAAAAAGCUGAUGAGGUCGGAAAAAAAGGGAUAAGAAACCGGCACCGUCUCUGCAGAGGCAACCGAAGCAGCAGUUGCUUCAGCGGAAAAAGAAGCAAAGGAGGGAAGGAAGGGAAAGAUCCUAAAGGGGAAAGACGCGCAAGUACAGACUUAGGGGCACAGGCCGGAGGACCGCGGACAACUGGCCAAGUGGCAACAGGCGCCCGAGCUGCUGGGCGGACGCCAACAAAUCGGCGGGACUGACUGCGCCCGGGAACUGUGGAGACCGCCCGUACUUCCAAGGACCCUUCCCAUCACCGGAGGCCCCCGGAAAAUCGGAAAGGAGGGAAAGACCGUUGCAGAGGCGACAGCCGCCCCUCAGUGAGAGCUUGCAGUGCAGAGCCUGAGCUAGCUCGGUCGUGGGCGGGAAGUUACUGGAGAGCUGGCCCGGUGCAGCCGCGAAGACGCCGAGCCCACUGGGGAGUCGUUGAGACCCGAGAGUUGAGGGCCACGGAACUGCUGCUCCCGUCUGCCUUGGGCGAUCAUCUUUAACCCCCCACAGCACGUCAGCAUCCAGCCACCGCGGCGCUCUCCUAGCGAGCAGCACUUGGGACUACCCCCUUCGGCGAGACGGAUGGAAAGCGAGCCCUACGGAGGACUUGUCCCUGAAGUUCUGCCUCAAGUCACCAUUGUAAACAAGGGUGGGUUAAUGCCUUUUCUCCUCUCCAAUACUUUUUCUUCCGCAGUGUUUUCUGAGCUGACCUAGUCUCUUACGUCUCCGCACAUCCUCCUCACAGAACUGUGAAGUUUAGGACCCUAAAGAAUGGCCGAGCCUUGGGGGAACGAGUUGGCGUCCGCAGCUGCCAGGGGGGACCUAGAGCAACUUACUAGUUUGUUGCAAAAUAAUGUAAACGUCAACGCUCAAAAUGGAUUUGGGAGAACUGCGCUGCAGGUUAUGAAACUUGGAAAUCCAGAGAUUGCCAGGAGACUUCUACUCAGAGGUGCUAAUCCCAAUUUGAAAGACCGAACUGGUUUCGCUGUCAUUCAUGAUGCAGCCAGAGCAGGUUUCCUGGACACGGUACAGGCUUUGCUGGAGUUUCAAGCUGAUGUUAACAUCGAAGAUAAUGAAGGGAACCUGCCCUUGCACUUGGCUGCCAAAGAAGGCCACCUCCCUGUGGUGGAGUUCCUUGUGAAGCACACAGCCAGCAAUGUGGGGCAUCGGAAUCAUAAGGGGGACACCGCCUUCGACUUGGCCAGGUUCUAUGGAAGAAAUGAGGUCAUUAGCCUGAUGGAGGCAAAUGGGGUGGGGGAAGCCACAAAUCCACAGUGAGCGUGGGGGGGGAGGGCUUUCCCACAUUGCCUUUACUUUGUCAGUUAGUUGGUUGGCUGUCCUGACUGGCUUACUAUCACUUGUUAAAAUAUAAGAUUUUGUUUUGUUUCUUAUUUUAAGCAGCUGGUUAAAGUCUUUGAAAUUGUCUAAUUGGAAAUCUCACUACAAGUUUAUGAAAUAUUUAAACAUCCUUUUCACUGUCAAAAACUCUGAUUUCUAACAUGUAAUUGCAAAUAGCUAUGCCUUUCUUCUGGAUAUUUUAUCUAUGAUUUUUUUUUUUCUUUGCUUACCCUUUGCCACACUCAGAAUCUUACCUGAAGUCUUUGUUUUAAAAAUUCUUUGUCCUGAUGCAUCUUUUGCCUAAUUAAAACUUUUUUCAUAAGAGGACCA